UUUCUGCAUUUUUCUUCUUCCUCUCUUCUUUAAAAACAAGCAAACUGCAUGUUCUACUGCACAUAACCAUUUCAUACAAUUCAGAGUACGUAAUCACUAAUCCAUGAGAGGAGCAAUGGGAGAUAUGGGUGUUGUUGCUGUCUUUCUGAUCUUCUCUCUUCUCCGUCUCUCAAGUGCAGAAAUUUCGAGUAAGAUAGGCAUAAACUACGGCACUUUAGGAGACAAUCUGCCUUCUCCAAAUCGAUCCGUGGUGCACAUUCAAGCUAUGAAAGCCGGUCGCGUGAAACUCUACGAUGCCAACCCCGAAAUCUUGCAACUUCUGUCGGGAACUAAGCUCCAAGUUUACAUCAUGGUCCCAAACAACGAAAUAUCAAGCAUUGCUUCCAACCAGACCACAGCCGAUGAAUGGGUCAUAAACAAUGUCCUUCCUUUUUAUCCCGACACCAUGAUCCGUGUUCUGCUUGUUGGCAACGAGGUCUUAAGCUAUUAUUCGGACCAAGAUCGGCAAAUGUGGUACGAUCUUGUCCCGGCCAUGCACAGAAUCAAGAACGCUCUCAAAGCUCAACACAUCAACAACAUCAAAGUUGGCACUCCGUUGGCCAUGGACAUAAUGCAAUCAAGUUUCCCUCCAUCGAGCGGGAUGUUCAGACAUGAUCUAGUGGACACCGUGAUGGUGCCACUGCUGCAGUUCUUACACGACACCAAAUCGUUCUUCUUCAUCGAUGUUUACCCUUAUUUCCCGUGGUCGGGAAAUCCUUCCCAGAUUAGCCUUGAUUACGCAUUGCUCAAAGGAAAUGUCCGGUACAUGGACCCUAGAAAUGGCUUGAUCUACACAAAUCUUCUGGACCAAAUGCUUGAUUCGGUGAUCUUCGCCAUGACAAAGCUAGGAUUUCCGGGCAUUCGGAUUUCGAUAUCGGAAACGGGCUGGCCAACCGCUGGUGACGUAGAAGAACCAGGAGCAAAUAUACGCAAUGCAGCCACCUACAACCGGAACCUCAUACAAAAGAUAACAGCAAAACCAGCCGUCGGGACCCCAGCUAGGCCCGGCGUUGUCAUACCUACAAUCAUAUUUUCGUUGUACAAUGAGAAUCGAAAGAGUGGUCCGGGGACGGAGAGGAACUGGGGCCUGUUGCGGCCGGACGGGACUCCGGUUUACGACAUCGACCUGACCGGGAAGCAGAAUCUAUUGGAUUAUGCGCCGCUGCCCCGGGCGAGGAAUAACAUGCCCUAUAGGGGCCAGGUUUGGUGCGUGGUGGCGAGAGGGGCGGAUUUGAUGAAGCUAAGGCCGGCAUUGGCAUAUGCAUGCGGAGAAGGUAACGGGACGUGCGAUGCGCUUAAGCCAGGGAGCGAGUGUUACGAACCGGUGUCGGUGAUUCGGCAUGCGAGCUAUGCAUUUAGCUCGUACUGGGCGAGAUUUCGGAGUCAGGGUGCGACUUGUUACUUCAACGGACUCGCGGUGCAAACGACUCGGGAUCCCAGCCGUGGAUCGUGCAAGGUCCCAAGUGUGAAUCUUUGAAGACAACCCAUCGAGUUCCUAGCUAGCUACUACGUACAAAGCAUAUAUAUAACAAUCUGCCUCAUGCUAAUGCAUGCAGGGCAAACAUCGAACGUUAUUUUACUCUUUUAUUUAUUCAACUUGUAAGAUGUUUUUUUUCCAGAGAGAGGUUUAUAGAAAGUGUGCUUCAUUUCCUGUCUUCUUUUAGUUUGCACAUGUUACUUUGGCUAAUUGAGUGGAUGUAUUGCUAAUUUUUCUGCUUUUCAAUUCGAUUAGGAUUUCAUGCUAUUGUUUACUCUAAUGUUUUAUACAAUUCGAGGAUACGUAGGUCUUGAAUUCACUG